CCCGGGACUUGCUUUAGGAUCGCGAUUCCUCUUUCCUGCCCGGGGCAGUAGCAACCGUGUGUGCCGACGGAGGAACGGCAGUAGCAUCCCCAGUCCGGGCGGGACCCCCGAGCGCCGGAGCCGGCGGCUGGAGCAGGAAGGGAGAGUCGCGGCGCCCGCCCUCCCCGGCUGGCCCUGCCCCGCGCGCCCCGUGCGGGUUGCUAACAAUGGUGCGGAGCGCCGGCGCGAUUCCCGCGUCCGCCCAGCGGUCGUAGAGGAAGUGGCCGGGCUCCGGGUGGGGUGGGCAGGGAGACGCCCCCCACCACUCGCUUGCUGGAGUUUGCCGGCGCGCCGGGCCUCUCCGGCCCCGAACCCUGGGCUCCCCUCCGCAUCACCGACGGCAGCUCGAUCCAGAGAGUAUGGUGCCAGCGCCCGGGUUAAUCUAGUCCUCGGCUCGCUCCUUUUUUUCCUCCUCCUCCUCCUCUCCCUCCCCCUUUCCCUCCUGUCGGUGCUGCCUCUGGGUUCCCGGCGUGUGGGAGUACAACUCUCUGCCUCUCCGAGGAGACUGGUCGGUGACCCCCUAACAGAACUUGCCCACUGAAAGCAAACCCAGAACAGCUGGAUAAUGUCCACUCCGAGCAGAUUCAAAAAGGACAAAGAGAUCAUAGCCGAGUAUGAAAGUCAAGUCAAAGAAAUUCGAGCUCAACUGGUAGAACAACAGAAAUGCCUGGAGCAGCAAACAGAGAUGCGAGUUCAGCUUCUGCAGGACCUGCAAGAUUUCUUCCGGAAAAAAGCCGAAAUUGAGACGGAAUAUUCUCGGAACCUAGAAAAGUUAGCAGAAAGGUUCAUGGCAAAAACAAGAAGCACUAAGGAUCAUCAACAGUACAAGAAAGACCAGAACUUGUUGUCUCCAGUGAACUGCUGGUAUUUGCUCCUGAACCAAGUAAGACGAGAAAGCAAAGACCACGCAACCUUGAGUGACAUCUAUCUGAACAAUGUGAUUAUGCGGUUCAUGCAGAUAAGUGAGGAUUCCACCAGGAUGUUUAAAAAGAGCAAAGAGAUUGCAUUCCAGCUUCAUGAGGACUUAAUGAAGGUUCUUAACGAGCUCUAUACGGUGAUGAAAACAUACCAUAUGUAUCAUGCAGAGAGCAUCAGUGCAGAGAGCAAGCUGAAAGAGGCUGAGAAACAAGAAGAGAAGCAAAUUGGCAGAUCCAGUGACCCAGUCUUUCAUAUUAGACUGGAAGAGAGACAUCAGCGGCGAAGCUCUGUGAAGAAAAUUGAAAAGAUGAAGGAAAAAAGACAAGCAAAGUAUUCAGAAAACAAGCUAAAGUCGAUUAAGGCACGGAAUGAAUAUCUCCUAACCCUUGAAGCAACCAAUGCCUCAGUUUUCAAGUAUUAUAUUCAUGAUCUUUCAGAUUUAAUUGAUUGCUGUGAUCUUGGCUACCAUGCAAGUCUAAACAGAGCCCUGAGAACAUAUCUCUCUGCGGAGUAUAACCUUGAAACCUCCAGACACGAAGGCUUAGACAUUAUUGAGAAUGCAGUUGACAAUUUGGAGCCCAGGAGUGAUAAGCAGAGAUUCAUGGAGAUGUACCCUGCUGCGUUCUGUCCACCAAUGAAGUUUGAGUUUCAGUCUCACAUGGGUGAUGAGGUGUGUCAGGUCAGUGCGCAGCAGCCGGUCCAGGCAGAGCUUAUGCUCAGGUACCAGCAGCUGCAGUCCCGACUGGCCACGCUCAAGAUUGAGAACGAGGAGGUUAAGAAAACGACUGAGGCCACCUUGCAGACGAUACAAGAUAUGGUCACCAUCGAGGACUACGAUGUUUCUGAAUGCUUCCAGCACAGUCGUUCCACAGAGUCCGUGAAGUCUACUGUCUCUGAAACCUACCUGAGUAAGCCCAGUAUCGCCAAGAGAAGAGCCAACCAGCAGGAGACCGAGCAGUUCUACUUCAUGAAACUCAGAGAAUAUUUGGAGGGUAGUAAUCUCAUCACAAAACUUCAAGCCAAGCAUGACUUGUUGCAGAGGACCCUUGGAGAAGGUCAUAGAGCUGAAUAUAUGACUACAAGGCCUCCAAAUGUUCCCCCUAAGCCCCAGAAACACAGGAAGUCCAGACCCCGCUCACAGUAUAAUGCUAAGUUGUUUAAUGGGGAUUUGGAAACAUUCAUCAAGGACUCAGGACAGAUGAUCCCCCUCAUUGUGGAAAGCUGUAUUCGGUUCAUCAAUCUCUAUGGUCUUCAGCAUCAGGGGAUUUUCAGAGUGUCUGGUUCCCAGGUGGAAGUCAAUGAUAUAAAAAAUUCAUUUGAGAGAGGUGAAAACCCUUUGGCUGACGAGCAGAGUAACCAUGAUAUUAACUCAGUUGCUGGCGUUCUAAAGCUCUACUUCCGUGGGCUGGAAAACCCCCUCUUUCCUAAGGAAAGAUUUAAUGAUCUGAUUUCUUGUGUCAGAAUAGAUAAUCUCUAUGAGAGGGCGCUUCACAUCCGCAAACUCCUCCUGACCUUGCCCAGGUCGGUCCUUAUAGUGAUGAGGUACCUCUUUGCCUUCCUCAAUCAUCUUUCACAGUACAGUGAUGAGAACAUGAUGGACCCUUAUAACCUGGCCAUUUGCUUUGGACCCACAUUGAUGCCUGUCCCAGAAAUACAGGAUCAAGUGUCCUGCCAGGCUCAUGUGAAUGAGAUUGUCAAAACCAUCAUCAUCCACCAUGAGACUAUUUUCCCAGAUGCUAAAGAGCUGGAUGGCCCUGUUUAUGAGAAAUGUAUGGCUGGAGAUGACUAUUGCGACAGCCCAUACAGUGAGCACGGUACAUUGGAGGAAGUGGAUCAGGACGCUGGUACAGAGCCCCACACCAGUGAAGACGAAUGUGAGCCAAUAGAAGCAAUAGCCAAGUUUGACUAUGUUGGGCGGUCUGCCAGAGAAUUGUCCUUCAAGAAGGGUGCUUCCCUGCUGCUGUAUCACCGCGCAUCCGAGGACUGGUGGGAAGGAAGACACAAUGGGAUCGAUGGGCUUGUGCCCCACCAGUACAUAGUGGUGCAGGAUAUGGAUGAUACGUUUUCAGACACUCUGAGCCAAAAAGCUGACAGCGAGGCCAGCAGUGGGCCAGUGACUGAAGACAAGUCUUCAUCCAAGGACAUGAACUCCCCAACAGACCGUCAUCCUGAUGGCUAUUUAGCCAGGCAAAGAAAAAGAGGAGAGCCACCCCCUCCAGUAAGGCGUCCUGGCAGGACCAGUGAUGGCCAUUGCCCUCUCCAUCCCCCACAUGGUCUUUCCAACUCCUCAAUUGACCUGGGGUCCCCAAGCCUGGGCAGUCACCCCCGGGGCCUGCUACAGAACCGUGGCCUCAAUAAUGACAGUCCUGAGAGGAGGCGUCGGCCGGGUCAUGGCAGCUUGACCAACAUCAGCCGCCAUGACUCUCUCAAGAAGAUUGACAGCCCUCCUAUUAGAAGGUCCACAUCAUCAGGGCAAUACACAGGCUUCAACGACCACAAGCCACUGGACCCAGAGACAAUCGCUCAGGAUAUUGAAGAGACGAUGAACACUGCUUUGAAUGAACUCCGAGAACUGGAGAGACAGAGUACAGCAAAGCACGCCCCCGAUGUGGUGCUGGAUACCUUAGAACAAGUGAAAAACUCUCCCACCUCUGCCAAGUCCACGGAAUCUCUCAGCCCUUUGCACAACGUUGCCCUCAGGAGCUCGGAGCCUCAGAUUCGACGUAGCACUAGCUCCUCCAGUGACACAAUGAGUACUUUCAAGCCUAUGGUGGCUCCCAGAAUGGGCGUGCAGCUGAAGCCCCCAGCCCUUCGGCCGAAACCUGCUGUUCUUCCAAAAACAAACCCUACCGUAGGGCCCACCCCACCUUCCCAGGGUCCAGCAGACAAGUCUUGCACAAUGUAAAAAAACCAACUGAGCAAGCAUAUGGGGAGGUGAU